AGGACCGCAGUGAUAUUUGAUGUGGAUAUUAGUGAUGACCACUGUCGGUACAUAGCGUCCCUAGUGCAAAGACUAAAGCUCUUCUCACAAACGUCACCAUCAACUUCCAAAUUCUAUCCUCUCUCUUCAUCGUUUAUACGCAGUAAUGAUAGACUGCCGCUCGGUACACAGUAGUUAUUCUUAACUACAUGCUGGAUUGGAUGAACCGGAAUAUUCAUAGGCGACAACCCGAUAUAGAGGUUGUGUGUGUGCGGGGGCGAUAGAGAGGAACUCCAUAUCUUCACGACCAGCAGCCAUUGGUAAACCGAAUCUCCAGGAGCGGACACCGGUCCCAACUUCUACUUUGUGGAGAUAUAGCUGUCAUCUAUCCAGUAUCUGUGUUUAUUUUCGAUACUUAUUGCUCAUUCUGCCAAUCCUUACUGGAAAUUCAAUCUGUUUUCUUAGUUACGACUUUCCUGUCGAAACCUAUUAUCACCGAUAACUUCAAGCUUCCGACAAUUCUAUCCGAAUGAUUUACACCACUCGAUCGCUCUAGUCCUCAUAAUCAUACUAUAACGGAAACCAUGUCGCCGUCCGGUCAUCCAGCUGGCGUCAAGCCUCCUCCGCCAGGUCAGACAGCCAACUUUGUCAAUCCACCAAAUCAAAAUACCCCAAAUAUCUCAAUGUACACUAUUCUUUUGGUAGUGUGUGCUCUAUGUUUAGUAGUUCGCAUAUACACACGAUCAACAAUCAACCGCUCGUUUGGAUUUGACGAUGCCUUUUGUAUUACUGGUUUUGCCUUCUUAGCAACAUAUGCAGGACUCAUGCUGGAUUGCGGCAAUUACUAUGCAGGGCGCCAUAUUUGGGAUAUUACAGUUCCUAUGCUAAUUCAUGGGGCAAGGCUCGAGGUAUGGGCUGAAUGGUGUUACCUCGUAGUCUCCGGCACCGUGAAACUAUCUUAUCUUCUACUCUACAUCCGGAUAUUCGGUCCCUUCCAGCGAGUCACCCCAGUCAUGUGGACCGGUGUCGUGUUUGUCUCAUUAAUCUACGUCGUUUUGCUGAUGAUGUCGAUUCUCGAUUGUCAACCUAUAAAGCAUCAUUGGGACAAGACCAUUCCCGGACAAUGCUUACCUGCAAUGGUACUCGCGUAUUCGUCCGGGGGAUUCAACGUUGCGACUGAUCUUUUUGUGCUCAUCGUUCCAAUGCCGACCGUUUGGUCUAUGAACUUGAGCACGGCGAAAAAGAUACGGGUGUCUGCUGUCUUUAGCGUGGGUAUCAUUGUGGUUGCUCUAAGCAUAACCCGUCUUGCUAAGACUCCAAUUGUUUUUAAAUCCACUGACCCUUCAUGGGACUUAUCCAACUUUGCCAUCUAUUCGUUUCUCGAACUGAGUUUUGGCUUCAUCUGCUGCUGCCUCCUUACUUUCCCUGCUUUCCUUGAGCAGCACGGCACUACCAUGGCAACAUGGCUAAGAUCUCGUACCAACUCUUCAAGAGGAACGUACUCCAAAGGCACGCCAUCUCCUCCUGGGUCAGAAAAAGGGGGAAACAGGCCUAAGACUGACGAACACGACCAAUAUUCCUUUAAUUCGUAUAAUAAUGCGGAUGCCCGUCUCGCUUUUGCCCCAAUACCCGCAGGGCUCACCCAGAAUGUGGACAUAGAAACAGGCGAACCCCAUCAUUCGCCCACCUCAAGAUUAUAACUGAAACAUGUCACUAUUUAAACACCCCUCUUCCUCUUCGUGCUUCUCCCAUCCCGCUCAACUUUCUUAUUAGCGCUGUUCGAAUUCUUUCUUUACGAUCGGAGUUAUAUCUGCAUUGUGUGAUGAAUUUCGAAUUCAUGAAAAUGAUUUCUAGGGUUGGUGGACCUAGUCGCGUGUACAUACAUUGAUGAGACAUACACCGACGGAAUAAUGAAAUGAUGAAUCUUUUGCCUUUUGGU